UUAACCAUCCGAAGUUGCAACAAUUAAAAUUUGUUUAUGAUUUUUUGUAUUAAAUAAAAAUGUGGUAAAUAUGUUGAAAAUGGUGAUUUGUGGAACAGUCCUGGUGCGCAAUAAUUACGAAGAGUUUGUUUUGAGCUGCGCAUAUUGCAAAACUGAUUGCGACGUGGAAGUGAGCCUCGAAAGAUGGCAAGAAUUCGUCUAUCAUAUAAGAAAUGUACACAAAGUGGAAUCGGAUGAGGACAAAAGUUCCUGUCACAGCAGCCCGGACUUCAAAUCAGAGGCAAUGCCAAUUGAAAGCGAUCCCGACGUCGAGGAUGAUAAUGAAGCUGAUAAUAAGGAUUGUUUAGCCGAAGCAGCAUUUGUGGAUUUGCCAAACGCAUCGACCGACAGAGAAGACGAUUACGACAGCGAAUACGAGUAUGAUGAGGAGAUGGCAGUGGAAUAUCAGGGCGAUGCUUCUAGAGCCGACGCUGAUUGCAUCAAAAAGAGCUUUACACCGACUGUGAAAUUUAAUCCCACAUUUUAUCGACGCAAUCCACGGAUCACGCAAUUCAUUGAACUCUAUAAAGGACAUCCUUGCCUCUGGGAUCCCAAAAACUCUUCGUUCAAGGACAAGGAGAAACGCACAGCUGCCCACGCCACAUUAAUUGAUCAGCUAAAAACGACCAUAAAUGUUCAUCUUACUCAGUACAAGCUUAAGAAAUGUAUUGCCAGCCUACAUAGCCAGUACGCGACCAUAAGCCGUCAGAAGCGUACCAAAAAAUUAACAAAAUUACCUCUGUAUUAUCAUGAAAUGUAUAGUUUCCUCGGGAAACGCUGUGAUGUGGAGGAGGCGGAGAGCGAUGUGGAAAGUGGCGACAACAAAAUUAAGUUGGUGUUCACAGAAACGAAUCGGCUGACAACACACUUUAUAGAGCUGUAUUCAAAGUUUCCACAAUUGUACGAUCCGGCGCACAAGGAUUUCGCCAAUCUGAAUGUUCGCAGAUCAGCCUACAUAGAAAUGACUGAGCUGCUGGCCACAGAGAUUCCCCUGGGCAUUAUUACCCACUAUGAUGUUUACGACAGUGUUCUGUAUCUACGGCAAUGGUAUUCCCGCAAAAUCAAAGGUCUCACGGAGACGCAGACGAUCGGCCUAUUAAAAGCUGAGAAAAGUUACAUUGAGACAUGCAAAAGUUUCCUAAGAACGAAAACAUUUCGCCAAAAAAUACCGUGUGACGUGUGCCAGACCAGCUUCAGCACGGAUCACGCCCUGCAGGCGCACCAGUACCGAGUCCAUAAGCUGGGUGACGGCGGCUGGUUCAAGUGCAGCUGUUGUGAGAAUCAUUUCGAGCGGCGUUGUCAUCUACAACAGCACAACCAGCGCGUGCACAUGGGCAAGACAUUCAGCUGCAGCUUGUGCGAGCGCAGCUUUGCAUUUUCCAGCCAAUUGAGCAGUCACAUGCGCACCCACGACGACACGCACAUAGCCAAGCCGUUUGUGUGCGAGUUCUGUGGCAAAUCCUUUAAGCAAAAGAUUCAAAUGAGCAACCAUGUGACCGCUGUGCAUACGAAAAUUCGGGCAUUUAAGUGCACUAUGUGUCCCAAGGAUUUUCUAACCAAACGCGAUCUCAAGGAUCACAUCAAGGCGCACCUCAAUAUACGUGAUAAAGUAUGCGAGGUCUGCCAAAAGGCGUUUACCAAUGCAAAUGCAUUGGUCAAGCAUCGUCACAUCCACAAGGAGAAGACGCUGCAGUGCAGCCUGUGCAAUACCAGGUUUUCGGAGCGCGUUAGCCUGGGAGUUCAUAUGAAGCGUACGCAUAAAAUCAUACGAAAUAGCUCAAAAGUUGCAGAAGCAACGGAAACCGCAUUGUAUUCAAACACAUUCCCACAAUCAGAAGAUGUUUCAAAUAAAUAAAUAAAAAAAAAAACACUCCAAAAAA